GAUGUUGAGGAGCUAUUUUUCUUUUCUUAAUAAAUAUUCCUGAGCGCUACAUUGAUAUAUUCUGUGUAAAUAAAAAUAAUGGCUCAGGUUGCUUAUAUAGACAGCAUGCUGCGAGAGUAUCUAGUUUUUCGGGGGUACUCAAAUACACUGAAAGCCCUGGAUGUGGAGCAGCGAAACGAAAAGGAUCAACAUUUUCGUGCCGAGCGUUUAAUAGAACAUUUUAAUGCUGCCGUGCAGUCGUCGGAUCUAAAGGCGCUCCGCGCACUUUGGUUACACUUGGAGAACAACCUGUUUAGUAAGCUGGAUCACACAUAUGCCACUGCCGUCAAGAAGUUAGAAAACAGCCUGCUAAAGUAUUAUCUGGUGUCGGCGUACAGUAACAAUAAAUCUGACAAAAUUUCAGAGUUCUUCAAUAAAUUGGCCAGCGAGCUGCAACAGCAAAGCGAAUGGAAGGAUUGGUUCUUCUUCUCCUUUUGUAAAAAUGCCGAAGAGUCGCCCAUAUUCGCCCUCUACUUUACCAAGCAGUGGCAGGACACGCUGCUGCUGUCAUUGCGUAACUUUCUGACCACUGUCUACCAGUGCCUGCCACAGCCAACCUUUGUGCGAGCCGAGCAGGAGGCUGCGUACAUGCAGCGGCUUCAGGACGACAACACCCGACUGCGCGCCCGCCUGCUGCAGCUGCAGCAGGAACAACAGCAGCAGCAACAGCAAUUGGCCAGCGCAUCUAGUUCACAGAAUCUGAGCGGUGGCGAGGGCAGCAGUCGUCGUCGGAACGCGUGCCGACAUCAACAGAGCCUGAGCGACAUCUUGCCCUUUGACAUCAGUCCACCGGGUCACAUAGUUGAUGACUUUUGUAUUAUUGCCUCCGAGGCGAACAUUGUGGGCCAAGCCAGCGAGGGGCAAGCAAGGGGACUUAAAUUGCUCAUACGAAACAUUGGGUCGGGCAGCUCCCCGGUGCUGUCACGCAAGGAUAAUGGCGGGGACAAGUCGUCCAGCAAGCAUAGAUCCGGUAGCGUAGGCCGAAGUUGGAUUUAGUUGAGUUUUAAAUGAAUAAGCAGUGGAAAAGUUUUUGAUUUCGUUAAAUAUUUUAUUUAUUUGCGCUUCCUCCUAAUCGAAUAGACGUACAAAAUAAAGAGCAAAUGCAUUUAAGGUAUUAUUUAAUUGCAAUAAAUAACGUAAAAUUACAAA